GAGAGCAGGUAUCGUAUAAGAAAAAAAAAAAAAAAAAGAAACAAGUACUACCGUUAUUCCUAUCAUAUGAGGUUAAUUGAUCAUAUCAAUCAUCCAUCAUCAUCCCAUAAUCCAUCUGUUUUUAUAUUUUCUUUUUUUCAUAGAUAUUUUUCCAAAGGCAGAAAUUAACUCUGGACGUCCAGGUUCAUUAAUUCAUCGAUUUGUAAGUAAUCCCAACAUUGUCAUGUUGAGUGGGGAUGCUUGGAGAAGACAUCGAAAGAUAGUCAACCCAGCUUUCAAUUUAUCUAUGCCUAUUGGACUUUUUGGUGAAUUUACUCAAGUCAUGUUCAACACUAUCGACAAAUUAGGUUCAAAGGUGGAUGUAUUGACACUUUUUGAACGAUUGACUUUAGAUGUGAUGGGACGAUAUUUACUUUCUUUCGACUUUAAGGCACUUGAAGAUCAAGAAAAUGAAUGGGUAUCCGUUUAUAAUAGUGUUAAAGAUGGUAUCAUGAGUCCUUUCUUUUUAGUCUUUUCUAUUUUUGAUACAGAUUGGGUACAUUUGUUUCCAAAGCGUGCUAAAGCCCAUGACAAUAUGACACGCUUUUUAAACAUGUUGGAUAGCAUCAUUGAAAAGAAAAGGCUGGCUUUGAAAGAAAACAAAAAUAGAAAUCAAUCCUUGGAUGCACAAGAUCGCGACCUUUUGACCAUGAUGAUUGAAAGUGAAGAUGGAAAUGGCGGUGCCGCUUUGUCCAACGAAGAACUUCGAAAAAACUUGUGCAUGUUCUUCUUGGCUGGUCAUGAUACAACAGCUUUCACCUUAUCUUUCAUGGUCUAUGAACUAGCAAAGCAUCCGGAUGUACAAGAGAAGGCACGACAAGAAGCAAUCAGGAUUUUGGGUGAUAAACCUAUGGAUGUAUUGCCAACGAUUGAAGAUAUCCGCAAAAUGACAUACAUCAAUGCUGUCAUGAAAGAAACCAUGAGAUUACAUAAUCCACUGUUGGCUACUACUACUCGACAAGCAACGGAGGACUGUCAGUUAGGUUCUGUUUAUGUACCACGUGGGGCCUUUGUUUGUGCAGAUAUGACGAACCUUCAUCGAAAUCCUAAAGUUUGGAGUUCACCAUAUACAUUCAAUCCAGAUCGCUUUUUACCAGGUGGUGAAGCUGAACGUCAUCCAGGUAGUGGUUUAGCUUGGAUUCCUUUUUCAAAUGGUAGUCGAAUGUGUGUUGGUGCCAACUUUAGCAUGAAUGAACAGAGAGUAGUGAUGUCUAUGCUAUUGCGAAAGUUUACAUGGAAGUUACCUAGCGAUUCUAUUCAUGCCAAUGGAUUGAUUACUCGUGGACUUGCUUUUAGUAUUAUAUCUACUACUAGCUUGGAUAUCAAUUUCGAAAAACGAUACUAAUCUUCAAACAAGUAUGUCCUUCUUCUACUUUAUGAAAUCAUCAUUUCAAGAAAAAUAAAAGUCACCAAUAAAAGAUGUAAUGAACAGAUAUUUAGUAUAAACUACUAAUAUAAAAUAAUAAUAAAGUAAAAACCUUAUAUCUAAUGUUACUGAUGUAAUACAUAUAAUGACUAUGUAAGUGGUGAUGGAUUGAUGAUGAUAGGUGGAUGAUGUUAAUGAAUAAAUAAAUGAGCGUUAAGAACAUUGAGGACGAUGGUAACCAAAAUAAUCUUGAUAAUGAGAGAGAUCAAUGAAUAUGACUUUAUUAAUAAAAAAAUACGAAAAUAAAUGUUUAUACUAUAUUGAUUUAAAGCUGCUAAUAUAACUAACCCUAAC